UGGCGUUAUCGAUGCUUGCCCACCUCUAGCGGAAAACGAGAAAACUAAACCAAAAAAAAAACGCGAUUCUGGGGCGGCAGAAAGGGAAAUCCCGCCGAGGAGCACCAUGACCUCCAUUCUGGACAUGAAGGCCGGUCCGCCCGACUACUGGGCCGAGAUCAGCAACUUCUUCCUGCCGCUGAAAUACCUGAUCACCAACGACCGCUUCGAUUCGAUGGUCCGGGACAUAGACCUCUACUACCUGAUAAACGGGGUCUUCUGGAUAUUCGUGGCGCUGUCCUGCGGCUACUACGCCUUCCAGCGGCUCUUCCAGUUCUUCCUCAAGUCGUCGAACAUGAAGCACUUUCAGCGCAGGCUGUUCGCCCGCGUGAUCUGGAACAUCGCCUUCUACGCGGCCAGCUGCCUGUUCCUGCACUUCUACAACGAGUUCAUGAUCCUGCCCCAGCUGAUGAAGAACCAGGGGCGCUACUCGCUCUUCUACUCCUCGGACAACCUGAUCUUUUAUCGCUCGCACCAGGCGGAGAAGUUCCAGUUCUACUCGAUCUUCAUCAUCACGUUCUACCUGCAUGGGGCGUGGCUGGACUUCAAGGACGCCGAUUUUCUGGAGGUGGGCUCCAAGGGACUCUACCUGCUGGCCCUCGUCGCCAUCGAUGUGUACAGGUACGAAAACUACUUCGUGGGCCUCAACUUAACAGUGGGCCUGUACAGCAUACUCACCGAGGUGCUGGCCCUGCUGGUCCUGCCCAGCACCAACUCGCACCGGAUCAUCUACCAGGUCUUCCUCGGCCUGCGGAUCGUCGUGUGGGCCCAUGUGUUUGUCAACCUGCUGCCCUUCAAGUACUUCAUACCCACGCUGUUCGCCAAGAACUUCAAGCUGCCCCUGAACGUGCCCAUUUGGCUGUGGUACGGCCUCUCCAUUUGGAACUCGCCGGUGCUGCAGUACUUCUACCAUCAGAUCUAUCACACGGCGCCCUCGGACUGUUCGGGCGAGGGAUCGGCGGCCAAGUGCAUCCUGGUGAGGGACACCAGCGAGUUCCGGCACUACAAGACGCUGAAAAAGGCCUAUUUGGAGGUGAAGCUGGCCCACAUAAGGACCACGUCCAACUCGCUGCCCUCCGAAACCAGUUCGGCCUCGGCCAAAACCUUCCAGGCCAUCAAAUGCGUCAUGAUGCUGAAGCGCAAGUUGAAGAGGAUUCGCGAGGGACGUGGUCACGAGCCGGAGGAUGACAACGAUGACCAGGCCACCGAUACCUAAGCGAGGACGACGUCGCACACUCUCACACACGUAGACACACAUUUCCUUAAACCAAAAAAGACACAAGUUCUGCUUAGGCUAAAUAUUAACAAAGCUGAAACUAGCGCUCUCUCUCUCACACACCAUCUCGCUGAGGUUUAUGCGCGUCUUCUGAAUCGUGAUCAUCGUACAGUGCGUUUUGGCAAACGUUCAUCGAUCGUAGUAAAUCUCAAGAACCGAAUCAACAUCUUAACUAAUUAAAUAGUAGACUAGAAAUGUAGGAAACAAAUUAAAAAUCUAGCAAACUGUCAAUUUAAAUUAUUCAAGUAAUUAACCAAAUUCAAGAUAUGCUACUAGCAGACUUAAAACGGAAAUCAAAACAUGCAAAUAUUUCAACGAAUCAUUUUUACGAUAAAUUGUAGACGUUUAGAGCAAGACUAAAAACGAAUAAUCAAAGAAUCAGGAUAAUCUCAAAGGCUAUAUAUAGAAAUCGAAAAGUGAGGCUUAUUAAAUAAUCUAGAAAUAUUUAAUAUUUAAAAUAUUGCCCAACGCACUGCACUAAGCGUACUUAUUCGUGGUAAACCAAGGUACAGUGUGUUCAUAUGCUAGCGAAAUUUUAGCACACUGUUUUUACUAGUUAACAAAUUAUUUAUUAACCCCUAGAUCAAUUUUAAGCCCAAUGCAAUCACGAUUUGGCAGGCGCGCAUAAACUGAGCGGAUGUUAAACCUUAGCAAACUAAAUUAUUAUCGCCCGAUUUUUGGCGCCAACGGAGAUCGUCUCGGAUGAUAUAUAGAUAUAUAGUUGGUAUAUCUCUCCAACUCUCUCUCUCUCCCUCGCACACACGAACGCAGUUUCUCUCUCCUUUAGAUUUGUAAGUCGCCUUCAACUUAUUGUUGUUGUUUAUUCGCUGUGACUUAAUGACAUAUUGAAAUAUUGUAAUGUGUUUUUUUCGUUCUUUUUAAUUGAAAUAUACUAUAUAUGGGCUAAACGAGCGCAAUUGAAA